GAACUCCAUCAUGCUGGGUCAUGAGACCAUAGAUCGUGUUGCGUGCAUUUGUAGGCGCUCCCUGUGCAGGCUAUCAGACUCAGAAGCUCUUCACGUGGGAGGUCCACAUCGCGGUGACCAUGCGGUCACCAUCCACUCCAUUGAGCAACCGGGCAGGCAGGAGUCAUCGGAAGGGGAGGAAUUUGCGCACAUACAAAUUCCAUGACUUUGAGAAGUGAUGCAAGACAUCAGUAUGCCAAAGCAGUGACUGGGGAUAGAGACCUUGACAAGGAUAGGGACAGGAGAUAAGACGAUGGAGGAGACAGGAAGCGGCACAGGGAGGAGGAUGACAGGGAGGUCAGCAUUCGCAAUUCUAGGAUUGGCCAUCAUGGUCGCGGCUGCUGUGGCUGUGCUUGUGAUCCGGGGUUUAGAGUGCCACAGACCUUGUUCGUGCGACAAAGUCUGCAUGUCUUCGUAACCUGGGCUGAUGCAGACCACAUAGGAAGGGCGCAGUGGCUCUCAAUUCCGCUGCCUGUAGUACAGUAAGCGAGAGUGCAUGCUUAAGCUUACUCAUCCUUGUCCCGGGAGUGCAUAGCCAGAUUCAAGGAGGCAGCUCUGGUCCAAAGCGAGCUGAAAAAGUGACUGUGAAGGCUUUGGCAUUACUUAUAUAGCUUCCUAACUAUGGCUGGCCCAAUUACGGUUAAGAGGUAUCCCGCAUUUCUGGGGACUGAACAUCCUGACAAUAUCCUGGCUGUCUGGUGUGCACAUGCUCAUUCCAUCUUCGUUUUGCUUAGAGGAACUCAAAUUUGGCGCCAAUUGCUUGUUGAUAGAAUUCGAGGAUGCAAGGGAGGUUCUGUGCGCAAGUAAGGGAGUUGAGCAUGGGCUAUGACACAAAUCCCUGACUGUAUUUCUGAGCUCGCUGAGGGCAGAAAAAGCCUGGAAUUCCAAGUGCAACGCGCCGGACAUGUGACAUUAUGCGCGCAUGCGAUUUUACCUGGUCAACCCUGACAGAAACUCUAUUCGUGACACUGCUGCCGCAGCACCUUGCGCUUGCCAAGGCUGUCACUACUGCGCUGGCUGCCUGCGUUACUUUGGCUUCAUUGGCGUGUGAGAUGGUGCCUGCAUUGUGCAAUGCAAGCUGCUUGACGUUUGAUAAGGGUAAUCACUAAUAGUGGUUCAUUGUACUGGUACUACUAACGUUAACGUUGAACUUAACGUUAGUAUUAGUAAACAGUAGUUAGUAUUAGUAAUUACCCCUACCGUUUCAGGCGUGCUGUCAAUGGCCUCUUGAUGUAAGCAGUUCCAUGCU